CUCUCGUUCUGCACUCAGUAGCGUUGUUGUGCUCCAUAGUUUUAUAACUAUGACGCUGAAAAGUCACAUCAGUGGAUGGUCUCUUUUCUUUCUGGCUGCUUUUAGUCCAGGAGUCCACCUCCAGAGACAUGGCAGCUCCUCCCAGCCUUCUUCUGACUCUGAGCUGCCCUCUGAGGCUCAGAUCUCCCGACCGGUCCUGCAGCCCUCUGAGGCCCCUCCAUCCACAGGAACCUACUUGCUGAAUGACCGUGUUGGGAAACCCUGCAUCAGAGCCACCAUGGGAGCAGAGUACAUUGUCACCGAGAAGAAGAAAACCUGGUAUUUCAACCUGGAUCCCUCCAGUGUUAAGACCGGUGGUAACUGUGACAAAGAAACUGCUGUUCUGUCUCUCACGCUGCCAAACCAAGCUGCCAGUCUGCAGUUCACCUUCAGAAAGGAAAACAACUUUAUCUACGUCACCAAUGUGACCGCUCACGUGUCUCCUCAGCCCGUCUGCCAAGGAUGUGCAAAUAAGACUUACUCAGGUGUGAUCACUCAUAAGAAGCUGUUCACAGCAGCUAACAGUCAAAGCUUCAAGUGUAAAUCUGGGAAGCUGCUUUUGAUGUCGUCCGAACUGAAGAUCAGGCUGGUUCCUCUGCAGAUGCAGGCCUUCAGCGUUCCCAACAGAGACUACGGACCAAAGAUGGAGUGUUGGGCCGACUUUAACAAGAGAGCCAUUCCCAUCAUCUUGGGAGCUGUAGCGGUGGGUUUAGUUGUGAUCGCUCUUCUGACCUUCCAGUUCAUCAAAGACCGCCGCAGACCUGGAUAUGACAGAAUCUGAGCUCACCGUCAAACUGGAAUGACAUUUACUCCCAGUAAAGUAAUAUUUCACUGACACACAUGUAUCACUUCUUGCGUCCUUGACCUGUAACUGACUUUGAAUUUUUCCAACAAUUAUAACAAAUGGAAGUCUAAUGUCUUAUAUUCAAAGUAUAAAGAUAAAACCUUUCGUUUAAUGGAUUUGUUUGAUUACUCUUUCAACAAUUUAUUAUUAAAUAUAGUAAGAAUAUUUGAUCAUCAGUGUGUCAGUGAUCAUUUGAAUUCACUGUUGUUUGUUAUAAUAUCUUAAUUUGCUGCAUAUUCAACAAUUCAAGCACAAAGAUGCUUCAAGUUUGGUUCAGUUUUGAUCUUAAUUACAGACAGUCAUGGCGAUUGGUUACUUUAUCCCACCACUAGCAAACAAUAGAGCGGAACUAACUAAUACUAACAAUAUUAUUGACAAUAAUAGUAACAACAGCAAAAUAAAUACUCAAACUAAAUAUUAGAAAUUGUGUUUCUCCAGCAAAAAUGUAACUGUUGUCUAUAUGCUUUUCUAUGUUUGUUGGAAUGUGGUGACAUUUCAGACACACGUGCAUCAGCUGCGACAUGCUCAAGUGACAGGAUUACGCUGCAGGUGCUGCUUUUACUGGGUUUUGAAGGUUUUGCCUACUGUGCAACUUCAGUGUGCAAUGACCUGCAGAACAAUCAAGGCUGACUCGUUUUUAUCCUCAGGGCAAUUCAGGUUUCUAAUUUCAUCUUGUUCUUGUUUUGGCUGAUUCAUUUGUUUUUAAAUGUAAAAUUCUCGAAAUAAUGUUUUCACUAUUUUACUAAGUUUGCCAUUUAAUAUCUUUGUUUUUAUUGCUAUGCAAGUUUCUUAUUUGUAUACCUACAUAUUUUAUUGUCUUGAUGGGCGACAAUGUAAAUAAAUAAGGCCUCUGUGCCUCAGUGUGUUCCAUUUUUAAAUAAAAAUGUAAUGAAUGAAAAUAAUAAAUAUAAUUGCUUAAUG